AGCCCGCCCAAUUUCCUGGAUGCCACGGGUCAAAUUCAGUCGAUCAAGGUAAUUGAAACCGCAGACCCGGAACCAGAUGGCCAAUUGGUCGAUCUGGAGACCACCGAGACCGCCGGUGUUGGCAACGAAGAGUGGAAGAAUGAGGUGUCCGAUGCCACCUUAGGAGGGAUUCUUGACGUAACCCCAUCUGCAAGCGCCGCACUUGCCCAAAGUGAAUACCUGCUCGAAAUUGAAAUGCUCAAGUCUGAAGUCCAGCGGGUGCAAAACGAGGGCAGAAACAUUCAGGACCACCUGCUCGAUCGGAUUAGGACCUUGGAGAAAGAAAUAAAGACUCUUGUUCAGGUGAAAUCAAGACAAGACGAGCAACUGACGGUGUUGAUUGACGAGGUGAGGAACCGGACUGCCACGUCGUCUGCCUCAGAGGAGAAGUACGUCAAGGUUCGCGAUGCCUACGCGAAACUCCGUGACGAGCACGUGAAAACACUCAAGCAGCUAAGCGGCCUUCAAGCUCAAUGUAGUCAACUCCAAACCACACCAAACAACUGCGGUGAUUCUCAGACACGCAAUGAGUUGAUGGAGCGUCUGCGUCGCGCAGCAUGCGACAAGGCGACCGAGGCCUCCAACGCCAUCGCCGCUCUCCUCGAUAAUCCCGACUUUGUUCAGUGUCGAAGUUAUGCCGAUCUCGUCACCAGCUUCGGCGCAAUGGCCAGUGCAAAGUUGCUUCUUCUGAAAGAAAUCCUUUCCGAUGCGAAUGCUACCGAUUCUGACCUCCUGCCACUGGAAGUCGCCAGCCUUGCGGCUUACCUCAACGAGGCGGUGCUGCACGCCAAGGCCCUGUCCAAUUCUGCUGCCUCAAUUGAGAAGUCCGAUGAACUUGCGGCGCUAUGCAGGCGUUGUCUCAGCGACAGCCUCGCGAUUUACUCCAACGCGUCGUCGAGUGAACUCGAUCAGUUGCGGCGGUCGGAGGCUGUCCGCCACGUGGACAGUCUAGUGGCCGGUCUUGGGCGCAUUCAGGUCCUCGCGAAGGAGUUCAAGCCGCAAGUCAGGGACGUCAGCCUCGACGAUCUGGCGGGCUCGUUGGAAGAGGAGAUGCGGCACACCGAGGAGCUCAUAGCGAGGGCUGAGGCCAGGUUCAGGGAGUUGCUGGAGGAGUCCAAGGCCUCGAUGACGGGCAUUCAGUUGGAGGUGCACAGCAAGAUCCUGGAUAGCUGCACAGAAUUGAUGUCUGCCAUUGCUCUGCUGGUUGUAAAGUCCCGUGAACUCCAAGAAGAGAUCGUCAAUGAGGGCAGGGCAAGUUUCUUUGCGUUUGAAAACACACCUUACUGCAAAUUCAACGGAACUGCGACGGUCAAAGAGUUCUACAAACGCCACAACCGUUGGACCGAGGGCCUAUUCUCCGCGGCCAAGUCUGUUGGUGCAGGAGCCAAUCUGCUUGUGUACGUCGUUUCGUGCUUUUCCUGUGUAUUUUGUGAACGCCUGCAUAUUCAUUACCUACACGAAAGAGUUAUCGCCCAAAGCUUGUGCCUAGUCAAACCGAACUAA